AUGGCCCUGGGGUGUGAUUUGAAACUUAGCAAUAAAAACCUCAGAUCUUGCACUGGCAGCAGAUGGGGACACAGCAGCUGGACUGGGAGCAGCAGGGUUUGCAGCAGCUGGACUGGGAGCAGCAGGGGACACAGCAGCUGGACUGGGAGCAGCAGGGUUUGCAGCAGCUGGACUGGGAGCAGCAGGGGACACAGCAGCUGGACUGGCAGCAGGAUGACCCACAGCCUGAAGAGCAGCAACAGGGUUUGCAGCAGCUGGACUGGGAGCAGCCACAGGAGCCACAGCCCCCCUUGGAGCCCCCACAAGAGCCACAACCCCCCUUGCAACCCCCACAAGAGCCACAGCCCCCCUUGGAGCCCCCACAGGAGCCACAGCUGGAGCAGGAACAGGCUGGCACACAGCAGCACACGGGCUUGCAGCAGCAGACGGGCACACAGCAGCCGGAGCCACAGCCCCCACAGCCGGAGCUGCAGCCCCCACAGCCGGAGCCGCAGCCCCCACAGCCGGAGCCACAGCCCCCACAGCCGGAGCCACAGCCCCCGGAACAGCCACAGCAGCCCAUGGUUCUGCUGUGGCUCCUGUGGAGGCUUCAAGGGGGGCUGUGGCUCCUGCGGCUGCUCCCAGUCCUGCUGCUGUGGCCCCUGCUGCUGCCAGUGCAAGAUCUGA